GCAAUUGAACGUAUUUUAUAUCGGAAUAAGUCAAUCUACGAUCCAUUGGCUGAUAUAAGUAUCUGGAAAGAACGAGAACAAGAAGAGCAAAAAUUACGAAAUUGGUUAAGAGAACCUCCAGAAACGUUUAUUGUCUUGUUGGGUCCAACUGGAACUGGUAAAAGCAAAUUUAUUGAUCAAGUGAUUCAAGAUAAAAAGAAUAAGAUAGUGAUUAAAUGUGAUGAGAUUGUAAAUUCACGCAAUGAAAACGAGCUUAUCUUGAGGUUGGCAAAACAAGUAGGAUAUUUCCCUGUGUUCUCGUUAUUAAUUUCUAUGUCCAAUCUUAUCGAUGGGUUGGCAAGUGCAAUGAUUGGAAAUAAAACACUUGGUUUUUCAUCAUCAGCCGAUUCAGAGAUAAAAAAGAUUCUUGAUACGUUAGCGAUCGCAUUACAUGAUAUUGCUCCUGAUUCUCUAAUUAGAAAACAUCAAAAGAAACCAAAUAAAUAUAUUGAGCCACAGUUUGUAGAAUCUUAUGAUCCUGCUGAUAUUCCAAUCGUGGUGAUUGAUUCAUUCAUGAUUAAAGAUGCGACUGAAAGGGAAGAAAUUUGGAAUCAUUUAGCUAAAUUAGCUGCCUUGUUAGUUGAUAAUGGUGUUGCACAUGUGGUAUUUGUAAGUUCUAAUGUGGGAAUUGUUAAGAGUUUGAGUAAAG